AUGGACGGAGUAGCUAGAGGUCGUUGCGCGAGAGGGCGCGGUGCUCGUGACCGUGGUGGCAGAGCUAGAGACCGUGGAGGCCGGGGUCGAGGUCGUGAACUUUCGGCGGAUUCGGGAGAGAGUGCAGCGCUGAGAGUGGUGACUGCGUCAGCGACCCAGUCUAUGGCGAGUGAGGCCAGUUUGGACGCUAGUGUUAGCGUGGGAGCUGGGGUGGCUCCGGGUGGGGGUGCUGCUCCUGCUCAUGGUCGUGAUGACCUGGUUGUGGGGUUGAUGACGCAGCUAUUGGCUCGAAUUCUUGUUCAGCCGCAGGCUGUGGGUUUGAUGGUGCCGUCCUAUUGGAUAUGUUGGGGCACAUGCAGAGGAUUGGUACCCGUACUUUGA